AUGGGGGGACAGCUCCCCUCCGCCCGGGUCGGCGCAUUUUCGGCCGUCUACUGCGAUCCGUACGGCGCUGUGUGGACUGUUGGUGGGUCCGGCACGCGUGUCUUCUACUUCUCCGCGUCCGCAGUGGCGGAGCAGAUGUCGCCACUUUCGGCGUCCACGGUCGAGGAACCCUCUGCACCACUGUUUGAGUGCAAUGACUCGGACAGUGUCCUUGCUGUGGUGUUUCCAACGACUUGCGGGGGGCUGCGCGUCUUUGCAUGUAUCGCUACUGCAGCUGGAUGCCUUGUACUCGUCGACGCUGACGCGCCCACGAGUGUGUUGCUGUGCCAGUGCGACCUCGGGGUGCCGCUGACGGCGGUGGCGGCUGCUCCACUUAACACAACUGACACAACACCCAACGGGGCGGGAAAUACGGAAGAUGCCCUGGAGGGUGAGCAGAAGGAAUACGUUCAGAAAAUUGGGGUAUUGGUGUCGUCCUUUGAUGGAACAUUUAGCGAAGUUGUCUUCGUGCAGUGGGGAGACAGCAACAGGAGUGAGGCUGUCGAUGCCAACGGUGUGGCCACGGCGGGGUUGUACCGCAUACGUGGUCGCCUUCACACCGUGGCACUCGACGAGACGCGGGAGCGCAUCGUGACGGUGACACAGCGCGGCGAUGUGGAUGUGUGGAACUGGCGCAGGCGCGCCGACGAGACGCUCUCCUUUGGGAUGCCAGCGUACCGUGCGGAGGAGCAUGGGGAGCCGUCAUGCUGCGUGCUGCUGCGCGGCGGGCGGCUGUGGGUCGGCACCGCUACUGGCUGUAUCGCCGCGUUCUUGCUGAAGCCGAGCACCGCCGAUGGGGCGCCGCAGCGUGUGUGGCAGGCGCACCGCAAGGGCCUCGCGGUGCGCAGCCUGCUGGUCAUGUCUCUGGGCCGUCACGUGUGGAGUUACGCUGACGACAGGCGCGCGUGCGUGUGGGACGUUGACACGCUAACGCUGCAGGGUUCCUUCCAGUUCCCGGGCGAUGGCUUCGCGGCGCUGCGCUGCGGGGCUCGGGAUGUGCGCACGACCAUGUGGGGCGUUGACGCGAGCGCGGGGACGGCGACGUGGCUCUCUGUGCAGGAGCCGCUUCUACAUGCCGACAGUUGCGCUGUUUUGGCGCACAAGGAGUGUAUUAUUAGGCGGGGCGACGUGGAGCGGUUUACCGUCCUCGAGGCCCUCGUCACUCACCUUUGCACGCUUCUGCAGCAGCAACAACAGCAGCAGGAAACCGCGGAGGAGCAGGAAGACGAUAGGGAAGUAAGGGAGGGGGCAGACAUGUCCACGCCACCGCACGUGGAAUUGGCACUGCAGCAACUCGCGGAAGAUUACCCGACCGCCCGUGCGCUGCCGUCGGCUGUGGCGUCGCUUAUUGUGGGCCAGCGGAUGUUGAGGCGGGCGCUCGCGGAGGAGACACUGCGCUCGAAAAGUUUUCUCGAGGAUCUCCAGCGCUUGCUCGUGGAACGACGCCGACACCGUGAGCUGCACGCGCAGGUACAGCGUUGUCUGGAGGAGCUGCACGGACUUCUGCCACGCGAGGAGCAGUGCGAGAGUCUUGACGACGUUGCGGUUGCGGUGCGUUCCUUACUGCAGCGUAACACGUCACCGUCUACCUCUCUUCUUCUGACGCCCACUCGCAACAAACCACGAGGCCCUUCGCACACGCGUAGCCUAUCGGCGGACGGUGUUGCCGCGGCCGCCUCACCGCCUGCCGAGGCGCGUGACGACCACACGCAUGCUCUACAGGCGAAUCUUGAGGAGGAACGACGGCGCCGGCAGCACUGCGAGGCGCAGCUGGUGGAACUGGAUGACGAGAGGCGGGAACUGCGGCAGCAACUGACGCAGUCUGUGCGGCAGCAGGAGGAGUACGAACGGCGGACCGUCUCGCUGGAGCGGUCACUUAAGUCGGCGAAGAAGGCUGCUGCAGUCUCGUCGACUGAGGCGACGCGGCUCUGUGAAAUGGAGGCGAGCCUGCACGAGGCGCGCAGCACGGCACUGGCGCUGCAGCAGAAGGUAGAAGCCCUCGUGCGUGAGCGGCAUGAGGCGGCUCAGGUGAACGCAUCGCUGCAGGCGUCACUGCGCCGCUUCGAGGCGAAGGAGCAGCUUGCCCGGCGUGCCUUCGCCAACUUCAUCGAGACGCAGGAGCACGUGCUUGACGACCUCGGGGGUAUGCUGCAGCACGCUGACAAUGUCGGUGACGACGAUGACAAGAAUAAGGCGUUGCACACCGGCGUGACGGAUCUCCACGAGUGGCUGUGUGUGCGUCUAGGGGAGCAGCGAGAGUUUCACGCCGGCCUAAGGCGGAGUUACGCACAGCAGUGCGACGGAGGCGGUGAGCAGCAGAGCGCGGCGUGA